AAAAAAAAAAAAANACUGCCCUACAACAGCUUUACGUCCACACACACACACAAAAAUAAGUCUUCCUUUCCGGAAAAAUUAAGAGUACGAAAGGAGAUGAAGAAACAACUAAUGAUCGUUGUUAUGUUAGUUACCUUUUUCGUUGUUUUCUUGGACGUCAAUCAAGUUGAAGCCAUGAGGCCGUUCCCAACAGCUGUAGAUGAGAUCCGGUUUGUGUUCCAAUCGCUGCAAAGGGGUCCAGUAAGCGGGUCAGGUCGAAAUGGUUGCACCAACAUUCCCCGUGGUACACGUAGGUGCCAUGGUUGAAUUGAGUACCGGUCACUUGAUUCUCUUCUUCUUGAAAAUACAACCAGGGAUUCUUUGAUUCUUUUUAAUUGAGUUAUAUGUAAAUUUUUCUUGGCUAGAAAUUUCGAGCCGAAAAUCAUACGAGUUUUUAAUGGUUUUUUCACCAUAAUGUAAAUUAUGUAAUUAUGUAAUUAUGUAAAUUGCAAAACACAAAAAAGGGUGUGCAUGCAUUGCCCAAGAAUAUGUUUUUUUCGCCAA